AUGAACGUUCGAGACGAUGAGCCAGGGACCAGGGACUUCAAGGGCUACGGACUUGGGUGGUACGAUACGAAGACUGUGCUGCUUUGGCACAAGAGAUUGAGACCCUGCGGAGGAGAUACUGCGCUGUUGUCCGCAGUAAUUUUGAAGCGCGUCGACAUUGUCAAACUUCUACUGGGAAAAGGCUGCGAUUUGGACGUCCGGAAUAACGGGGGUCAUAUAGCAAUCGAUACUGCCAGGCUGUUCCCUGAGGAUGAGAUCGUCCAGCUUUUAGAGGAUCAGAUGCAUUGUCGGCAACACACUCUGUACGAAGUGGGGGCUGAGCACUAA